AUGGACGCGUCGCGAGCCUCGGCGGCCAAGCCCCCGACCGGGAGGAAGAUGAAGGCUCGUGCUCCCCCACCUCCUGGGAAGCCUGCCACCCCCAACUUGCACAGCGGACAGAGAUCUCCUCGCAGAGCAUCCCCCGGGCCCCCACAGAACCAGCUCAGCAGAAAGCACUCGCUGGACGGCGGGGUGGUGGCCAUGACCGUCGUGCUGCCCAGCGGGCUGGAGAAGAGAAGUGUGGUCAACGGGAGCCACGCAAUGAUGGACCUACUGGUUGAACUUUGCCUUCAGAACCAUCUGAAUCCUUCCAACCAUGCCCUGGAGAUCCGGUCUUCAGAAACCCAACAGCCUUUGAAUUUUAAGCCAAAUACUUUAGUUGGGACCUUGAAUGUGCACACCGUAUUUCUGAAAGAAAAAGUUCCUGAAGCGAAGGUUAAGCCUGUUCCCCCUAAGGUGCCUGAGAAAACGGUGCGUCUAGUGGUGAAUUACCUGCGCACGCAGAAGGCGGUGGUGCGCGUGAGCCCCGACGUGCCCCUGCAGAGCCUCCUCCCGGUCAUCUGCGCCAAGUGUGAGGUCAGCCCAGAGCACGUGGUGCUCCUCGGGGACAGUGUGGCCGGCGAGGAACUGGAGCUCUCCAAGUCCCUGAGCGAGCUGGGGAUACAGGAGCUGUACGCCUGGGACAACAAGCGAGUUCUUCUGACCAAAACGAAGUCGGAGCCUUCCCUGAGCUGUCGAGAAACCUUUAGAAAAUCUUCACUCAGCAAUGAUGAGACAGACAAAGAGAAGAAAAAAUUUCUGGGAUUUUUCAAAGUUAAUAAAAGAAGCAAUAGUAAGGCCGAGCAGUUCGGGCAGCCUGGGGUGGACAGCCGUGAGGAUGCCUCCACGUCCACACUGGGGAGGAGUUCAAAUGGCUGCUUGACGACCCCGAACUCCCCGUGUGUGAAUCCACGUUCUGUUACCCUGGGUCCAUCCCGCUCUCUUGGCAACAUCUCAGGGGUGUCAGUCAAGUCGGACCUGAAGAAGCGCCGGGCACCCCCUCCUCCAACCCUGCCCUGUACAGGGCCACCUGUGCAAGACAAGACAUCGGAAAAGAUGUCUCUGGGGUCGCAGAUGGACUUACAGAAGAAGAAGAGGCGGGCGCCGGCUCCCCCUCCACCGCAGCCCCCACCACCCAGCCCGCUGGUGCCGCCCCGCACGGAGGGCAGGGAGGAGGGCAGAAAGGGCAGGACGGGUGUCGGCCGGCAGGUGCCACAGAAGCCCCCCCGAGGCGCCGCUCGGGGGCCCCCCCAGCUAGUGCUGCCCCCGCCCCCGCCCUACCCGCCUCCUGAUGCGGACGUGGCCGAGCCUCGGCUCGGCGCUCCGGGGGAAGGCGCUGCUCCCGAGGCCUCCCGCCCAAGGCCCGCACCCGCACCGAGCCUGUCCUCGGGGCCCGGCGAUCCCUGCAGCAUGGACGGCGCCCCCCCGGUGCCCCCGGAGGCCGAGGAGACCGUGUCUGUCGGCAGCUGCUUCACCUCGGAGGACGCCACGGAGGACUCAGGGGUGAUGAGCUCCCCCUCGGACAUCGUGUCCCUGGAUUCCCAGCAUGACAGCACGAAAUCCAAGGACAGGUGGGGCACAGACCAGGAGGACUGCAGUGACCAGGAGCUGGCCGGGACUCCAGAGCCGGCCCCCCCGAAGAGCCCCGUGUGGGGCAGGGGCAGCUCCGAGAAGCGGCGUCUGAGAAACGGAAAAGCUGCUCCAGCCUCACAUGAGGAUGAGGAAAUAUUCAUGACUGGACAGUUCCAGAAAACCCUUGCAGAGCUGGACGAAGACCUGGAAGAAAUGGAAGAAAGCUAUGAAGCUGACACAAGCUCCCUCAGCAACUCUGUACAAGGCAUCUCCACCACCCAUGGUGACUCUGAGGCAAUCCCGGUGACAUUCAUAGGGGAAGUUCUUGAUGACCCCGUGGACUCAGGCAUGUUUUCCAAUAGAAACAACAAUGCUGGCUCCUUCGACUUGGGGAGCACGGCCGACAGUAAGGCUCAGCUACCACCCUGCCAGGCUGAGUACCCCCAGCAGCACAGACAGAGGUGGGUAGCAGGGCCCAGCUCACCACCUCCUUCCCAGGAGCCUGAGAGAGAAGGCUCAGCCUUGACCAACACCUGGCAGGAGGUGGAUCCCAGUAAGAUGGAGCCCAAGGCGAGUUCUGCUUCAGCGCUUCACACUCACCACUUGAAUGGGAAAGAGGAAGGCAGGGCGCCUGGCCCUGCUCACAGCGGGAGGACCCCAGACCCCGGGAGGGUGACCCUGCAGCUGGGGAAGGAAAAGGCAAGUGAUGGUACAAGUAAUAUCUCAACACUACCGCCAUGGCAUCAACGAGGCCAACUCCCAGCGGGGAGUUAUGGCCUUAAAUAUGGACUCACAACUUAUAAAAUUGUCCCUCCAAAGUCAGAGAUGAAAUGCUACGACCGAGGGGCAUCCCUCUCCAUGGGUGCCAUUAAGAUUGAUGAGCUGGGGAACCUGGUGAGCCCCCACGUGAAUGCCGGCAGGACUGUAGUUCCCUCAUCACCGACUCUGGAGGCAGAAACCCCACCCAUUGGAAAAGUCAAAGAAUUCUGGAGAUCCAAUUCUAUAGAGAAGCACUCUGGCCGGCCCACGGAGGGGCCCAAGAGGACCCCCACCGCCACCACCCCCAUGAAUCCGCAACCUCAGGAAAGCAGACUGAGAGGCGAGCCCACCUCCCCAGACCCCCAGGUAACAUUGCCCGGGCCCCAGUCCCCCCACUCAGAAGACGGGAGUGCUCUGGGGGAGGGGAGAAGCCGGCCACCCCCGGCAGCCGCUCGUCCCCUCCAAGUGCCAGCAGCCAGCACCGCGGAAGUCCCGUUUCUCAAACCUCAGAGGAGAACGUCCAGUCAGUACAUGGCCUCUGCCAUCGCCAAGCGGAUAGGGGCCCCGAAAGCCCACAGUGACGUGGGGAGGGGACGGGAUAACACCCAGAGGACAUGUGAAGGCACAGCGCCAGAGCCAGCGGUAGCGCCUCCUGUGGUGAAGGACGGUACCACCCCCAGCCCAAACCCAGGCACGGGCAUUCGUCGUGAGGGGGAGGAAUCCGCGGCAGGACCCCAUCCUGGAUGGCAGGUCAGCAGCCCUUACGGGAAGCUGUCUGCUCAAGACUACCCUCCUGGCAUCCACGGAAAUCCCCGGGCGUCACUAGUCAGAGCUGCCCAAAGGGACCAGGCUCCUGUGGGGCAGAGCUGUGGGCUCAGUGGGGAGCAAAGCACAAGGGCCCACAGGACCGACUCCGCCUCCGACCCCCAGUGCAAGUCUGACGGCCUGAGCCCCUCACGCCCUCGCUCAGGAGGUGGUCAGACUUCAGGCAGCACCCUGGUGAAUGGCUCCCGGCGGGCUGCCACCCACAGCGAGCCUGCUUGCUCUUCAAGAGUGUCAGAUACCAACGGCCGGGCUGGACAGGAGCCCCCACCACGGGAGGAAAAGCCCAGUUUGUUAAGCACAGCUGUGCUUGAAGCUGACGGUACACUGCCAGCCAGCAUCUUCGGGCCAAAGAAGAAAUUCAGGCCUGUGGUCCAGAGGCCAGCUCCGAAAGACACAUCUCUGCACAGUGCCCUGAUGGAGGCCAUCCACUCGGCUGGAGGCAAGGACAGGCUCCGCAAGACUCCAGAACCCCGCUCAAAGGGAGGGCCAAAGAAACCGUCCUACACUGAGGCGGACUGUGAGCGCUCAGCCCUCCUGGCGGCCAUACGCGGCCACAGCGGGACCUGCAGCCUGAGGAAGGUCACGUCCUCUGCCUCUGAGGAGCUCCAGAGCCUCCGCGAUGCCGCGCUGUCCGCACAGGGGCCGGACUCCUCGCGGGUGGAAGGCCUUGGGGUCCAGUCCCAGCUGCCCCCGCCCCCACCCGCUCCGGCUGCCCAGGCGCCCAGCUCAUCCCGGUCGGCAUCAAGGUGUAGCUCGGGGCCGGCCAGCAGCCCGGUGGACGCCAGACGGGCCUUGAUGGAUGCCAUCCGCUCCGGCACCGGAGCCGCGAGGCUGAGAAAGGUGCCCUUGCUCGUGUGA